UAAAUUCACGUGCUUGUACCCUUCCUUGAAGGCGGUGCCUGCUAGCUGCCGGUGGGAAGAGUCGUUGUUGUUGUUUGAAGUAAAGUACUUAAACAGUAUAAAAACAACUGAUCUAAAAUGGGAACCCGAGAUGAUGAAUACGACUACUUAUUUAAAGUUGUACUUAUCGGAGACUCUGGAGUGGGGAAGAGUAACCUGCUGUCUCGUUUCACAAGAAAUGAGUUCAACCUGGAGAGCAAGAGCACCAUUGGGGUGGAGUUUGCCACUCGCAGCAUCCAGGUGGACGGCAAGACGAUAAAGGCUCAGAUCUGGGACACAGCUGGACAGGAACGCUACAGAGCGAUCACCUCAGCGUAUUACCGGGGUGCUGUUGGAGCUCUUCUGGUUUACGACAUCGCCAAGCACCUGACUUAUGAGAACGUCGAGCGCUGGCUGAAGGAGCUGAGGGACCACGCUGACAACAAUAUCGUCAUCAUGCUGGUGGGAAACAAGAGCGACCUCCGCCACCUCAGGGCAGUGCCCACUGAUGAGGCUCGAGCCUUCGCAGAAAAGAAUACUCUCUCAUUUAUUGAAACCUCCGCCUUGGACUCCACUAAUGUAGAAGAAGCCUUUAAGAACAUUCUCACAGAAAUCUACCGUAUCGUAUCUCAGAAGCAAAUAUCAGACAGAUCUGGACAUGAUGAAUCUCCAGGCAACAACGUAGUUGACAUAAGCCUCCCCCCGACCAUGGAUGGGCAGAGGGGCAGCAAACUCCCUUGCUGCCAAAGCCUGUGACUCUUACGUUUUCUUUUCUUGUUUGACUUUCUGUUAGUCUUUCCUCUCUCCACCUCUGGUUUACUUCAGCUGUCUUCAUGAUAUCCUCAUGGGUUCAGAAGUCUCUGACACCAAGACUGUUGUAUUGUAUUGACAUUCCUUUUUGCUGGUUUCUUCAUUUGUUUUUCUUUGGUUUGUUUGUCGUCCUCUGAAUUCAGGAAGAGCCUCUAUCUUAAAAAAAACAAACAAACUAAAAAAAAUACAACUAUAUGACCUCAUAAUAGCCUAGGAGGAAGGCAGACGUGUUUUCUAUUAUGAGGUUAAUCCUAAAGCUGUAGUAAACUACAAUUCCUUUUUAAUUAACUAGCCUUUAUGGUCCUAUUGACCCACUCCUGUUGAAGGAUUGGUGAGGGAUCAGUAUGACUGUGUACCAGUGCUUCAGGUCUUUUCUACUUGCCUCCUUUUCUCAUUGUCACAGACUUGCUACAGUGGAACACCCAAUUUCAUGUCUGGUUGACCUGAUUCUGCCUAUCAUGCAGUGCGGUUGUAGAAGAGGAGAUGAGAAGAAGGUACCAUUGGAGUACUGGUGUGUGCUCUGUCCAGAGUUUCUGUUUUGCCUCUUUAAUUUUCCUCUCUGAGCCCUGUGCCCACUGUGGCAUGAAAUUAGCAUGAGCCAGGGACCAGACUGGCUGUGACUGUCUGACUUAAUAUGGACAUGUGUGAAACAAAUGAAGUGUGUGCGUGUGUGUAUGUGUGUGUUUAUCUUGGUGCACAAAGAUACCAAAGGAGAUGGAUGCAAUCGUUAUCAGUUUUACGCAUUCUCAUUUAAACAUGUUCAAGGCUGCUGAGAUUGCAUUUCAUUGCUGUAUUUUGCAAACCAAUCAGGGCUAUAGUGAAAGUAAUGUUAGAAAUGGUGCUGUGUGAUUUACUUUCUGUGAAACAGUGGAAUCAGCCUGGAUCAAGCCUUUGUGUUCCUCUCUUGAGUUGGCUCAGGCCAAGCUCUCUUUUAGCAGGCUCUUUUUGCACUUAUGUCCAGUAAUUUCAGUAGAACAAAUACCAGUGAUUUUUAAAAACACAAAAUUUUCCUGUUGGUUGUAAAGGAAACAGUGUUUCUUGAAAAGAAAAAAUGCCUGCUGUGCUUUCUUUUCAUGUGACAUCUGUUAAAAGAAAAUGGAUAAAGAUAUGUGUAGUCUUUAA